AUGGGUAACCAAUCAACAAAAUCGAGAGAAAGUGGAAGUUCGCGAGUUCCUCAUUCGAAAUCGCAUCAUAAUACAAUGAGAAUUGAACAUGAUGUGAUUCCAAGAUCCGCUUCAGCUAUUCCAACUUCUCGUGAGUUUUUUUGGGAUCAUUGCCACGGGACUUUCUUGAGAAAAACUAAUAAUUUUCAGAAAAACAACAAUUUUUCGAAGAUGAUGGAGAUAUCAAAAAUUCGCCAUGUCCAGUAGCAGCGCCUGGAAAAUAUGUUGACGUGUCACACAAUCGCAGAGGUAAAAUUUCCAACAUCAAAAACCCUUUCACAAUACAAAUUUAGCCUUGCAACAACAACAUAUUGAUAUAAAUGUGACUGAUGACGAUGAUUCGGGAGAUGAAGUGUUUUGCUCUGCCAGAACCACCAAUCACACAUAUUCUCAUCAAAGAGCCCAAACAGAUUCGACUGGAGAAAGAAGAAUAAGUUAGUUUACUCACACACUCACAAAUAUAUAUUUUGUGCGCGCGAAAAUCAGAGAAGACCCCAACAUGAUACUCAAUUUAAUACGAAUCUCCAUCUCGGAAAAAGUAAUAAACCGCAUUUUUUUUCCCGAAUACGACAAAAAAUCUCAGACUGAAUUGAAUUUCCCCUUCUCGCUCGCGCGUUUUUCUCUAACCGCUUCAUUCAAUUUCUCAUCGUCGCUGUUUUCUUUUUGCAGGCGAUGAUUCGAAAGAAAACUCAUCAUCGGAACGCCGUUCAACCGACAGUUCCAAUUCUGAUCAUAUUGAAGAUGCAGUAACUCCAAGAAGCCAGUAUGUUGUUGUUAUUGUUCAUAUACAUAGCUGUAUAGAUAUCGCUUUUUUGUAUUUUUAAUUUGUCUUCGAAGACAAGUACAAAACAUUAGUUAUUACUAAUUCUCCUCCUCUUCUUCUUCUUCGUCUUCAUUUUUUCUGUUGCUCAUUAUUUUUCAUAUUUUUUCCGAGCACUUUAUUUUUCAGCGUUUCGGUUUCUCGAACUACAAGUGGUGGAGAACGUGAUCAAUCUCAAAAUCUCAACACAAUGAGUGUUCAGAAAUCAAACUCAACAAAAUCAAAAAAUGGACUCCGUACUCAAAACUCGAAAGAUAAGGCCUCUUCAUCUAACUCAAAUCGUGAGCAGCUAGAAGUUCCAAAACUCUGAACUCAUUUGAACAUGUUUUUCAGCAAUCGGUGCUCCAUUUGUUCAUCAAUAUCUUCAUUUGACAGCGGCACAAAUAUUAUUUGUUCGUAAAACUUGGGCUCAUGCCAGAAAUCAAGGAGCUCUUGAACCAGCUAUAAGUAUUUUCCGUAACUCAUUCUUCAAACAUCCAGAAAUUCGCCAAAUGAUUAUGCAUGGAACAAAAAAUUCGGGACAUGAACGUUUGAAGGUUAGUCAGAUAACAAAUUAUCAAAAUAAAUUCGAAAUUUUACAGAGACACGCUCAAAUGUUCACUCAAAUGAUGGAUGAUUUGAUCCAAGGUUUAGAUUCUCCACAUGCAACAGUUGCAUCAAUGCGAGAAGCCGGAGAAAAACAUGUUUGGCCAAGCCGUGAACAAUGUAGAUCUCACGAGAACUUCCAAAAUAAAUGUAAUUUUCCAGACGGUUGCCCAUUCCGUGCUCAACUUCUCGAUCAGUUUGCUACUGCAAUGAUUGAACGCACUUUAGAAUGGGGAGAGAAAAAAGAUCGAACAGAGGUAGUGCUGUAUUGUCUUUUGUUAAACGACUAUAACAUAUAAUGUUGUAGGCUACUCAAACUGGUUGGACAAAAAUUGUUUUGUUUGUCAUUGAGCAAUUGAAAGAAGGUUUUCAAGACGAACAAAAACGUCAAAGACGAAUGAGAGCAAGAGGACAAAUGGGAACAAGAAAUGAGCAUAGUAGUAUGUGUGAAUCGGUUUCUGUUUCAAAUUCAUCGAAUGCGGCACGUAGUGAUAGUUUACGAAGAUAUCAUACCGUUGAUCAGUAA